AAAUCUACGACCCGACUGUUACAACUUACAAGUACCGUGUUUUAUUCAUGAGCUGAAAGUGUCAAAAUUUGCUGCUGUCUGGAACGCAGUACCUCGCAGAGGCGACGAUCGAUAGCUCGAUCCAUCGGUCACUCCUGUGGAAUUUCAAGCCAUGGACUACGGCGAUGACCCCCCUCCGUCGUUCGAUCGAGUGAAAAGUGUUGUCCACAAUGGUGAAGGCAAAGGGUUCAACCCAGGACUGAUUGUCUUGCUUGUUGUUGGUGGGCUACUGCUGACCUUUCUUGUCGGAAAUUAUGUACUUUACAUGUAUGCACAGAAGACCCUUCCUCCAAAGAAAAAGAAGCCAGUCUCCAAGAAGAAGAUAAAGAGGGAAAAACUGAAGCAAGGUGUUUCAGCACCCGGAGAAUAGACAUAAUUUAGAUGCGCUGUUGGGUUCAAAUUCUCCUUGCAUGUCUGGUACCAUGAGUGAGGUGCCUGUUUCAUUGUUCUAGUUACUCUCGUUUCUUUUCACUUCAUAUUCAAUAGAACUUAGUUUUUAGCUUGAAAUGCUCCUUGAUGUUCUGCACUUCUGCUGGCUGACUGGGAAGUGGGAAGUUAAAGAAACCUUUUUUUUUCUAGAUGCUGGUUUCUGCGCUUUCUCUGGCUUAGCUAUUCCUUUCACGUUAUUUUAUUUUUUAGCCAUUUCAUGAGGUAGAGUAUAUGGGCAAAGCUAUUUUG